AUGCGUAUUUGUGAUGUUACCCUACUGUUGGCUCUGCCGCUGUUGUGGGGGCCACCGAGAGCCGACGGGCAGAAUGACACCGAGCCCAUCAUUCUUGAGGGAAAAUGCUUGGUGGUCUGUGACUCCACACCUUCAUCGGAACCUGCCGGCAACGCUCUGGGCAUGUCUGUCCGCUCGGGCAGCGGCCGAGUGGCUUUCUCCGCAAGCCGCCAGACCAACCACGAGCCUACGGAUAUGAGCAAUCGCACAAUGAUCAUCUAUUUUGAUAAUAUCUUGGUGAAUGUGGGCAGUCAUUUUGAUCAGGAGAGCAGCGUCUUCCUGGCACCAAGAAGAGGCGUUUACAGCUUCAACUUCCACGUUGUGAAAGCCUACAACAGACAGACAAUUCAGGUCAGCUUGAUGGUGAACGGCUGGCCGAUGAUUUCCGCUUUCGCCGGGGACCAGGAUGUGACCAGGGAAGCAGCCACCAAUGCCGGUCUGGUGAUCAUGGAGAAGGGGGACAAGGCCUAUCUCCGACUCGAGAGGGGGAACCUGAUGGGAGGCUGGAAAUACUCCACCUUCUCUGGGUUCCUGGUCUUCCCCUUGUGAGUGAGCAGGAAGCUGAAUUGUGGUGAUGGUGGUAGAGGAAAUGUUGGGAGUUGAGAAAAACAAACAAACAAAAAAACUUUUCAUGCAAAGUUUCAGAAGCCAAAACUAUUCCUUAGUGGAGGGAAAGCGGAAUGGGUGGAUCAGAAUUGGUCAGCUAAAUUUGUUUUGCUUAUGUGGAUGACUAUUUAUUUUGUUUGUGUGACCGACAUUGCAGUUGUGAACAGUAAAAUUAUAAAGUCACCCUGUGCAUCGUUGGCUUCUUUGAAAUUGUGCCGAUUUUUCUCCCUGGCUAAUUCUUAAAUGUUUGAACAAGUGCUGUCAUGAAGUUCUCGUAUUGUUAAACCUAUUUAUGCCUGCAUCCGAUGUUUAUUCACACAGAAAUUCCGAACUCAUUAAAAUAUAUGAUGUUAAACUA